AAGAUUGCUAUACGAAAAGGAGAGAGAGAGAGAGAGAGAGAGAGAGAGAGAGAGAAGGAGAGAAUCAGGGAUGGGUAGGAGGAGGCAGAGGUUUCUUCCUCCAUUUUUUGGGUUGCUCAGACACGAGUCUCAGACCGUGUCAGCCGGACAGAGAACAACCAUCUCUCUGGGUGCUUCACCCACACCUAGAGCCUUCUCCCUCCAUCCUCCUGAAGCUGGAGCAGGGCUAGCGGAGGUCUAAUGGUGGCUAGCAGAGUAGGGGGCUGAAGGCAGUGACUGCUGUGAGCAGAGGAGGAGGGGCUGGGCUGAGCUGAGCUGGUGUAUUCGCUCUGCCUCACAGACACAUUUUAUUGACUUGCUAAUUGGCUGAGACACUCGGAGGAGACUAGGACCGACGAGAGCUCCUGUACAGAGGAGGGAUACAGGCAGAAGCAUUCUGCAAUCUGCAAUCCAAAUGUCUUUUUCUCCUCUGGAGUCAUUACAAUGGAUGUAUGCAACCUCGUUGAUCUACGCAGUGUGCUUACAUGAUUCAUGCAUGACAUGAAUGCGUGUCUUUGCCUCACAUGCUAUCAGAAGAAGACUCUCAAAGCCACACGCUUUGUGACACAAGAAUGAUUUCAAUUUGGUUUUAUUUACCUUCAAACAGGUUUGUCUUUGCUUGAUCACCUAAAGUCCUUACCACAGUAAAUAUGCUUCAGUGUUAUUGAGAGUGGAAUAGGUGGAUACGUAACACAGUAUUUCUAGAACACAGGGAACACUGGGGAAUGUCACAGCAGCAUGAAGAGAGAUGGUGGAUAUUCCUCAAUACGAAUGAAGAAAUGGUCUAAAGAAAAGCCUACAUAUUCAAGCCACUUGCCUGAAGCAAACCAUCUUCUUUUCUUUUGUGGAGUGGAGUACAGUUUUUAUGGAUGAAUGCACCAAGUUCAUUUGUUGAUUCUGAUGACACCAUUUCAUAAUGAAUCAGACAAAUUCACUCUAAAAGCUGAUACAUCAACAAUGAGGAAUUUGCAGUCUGGAAAUCAUCAAUCUUAAGGAGAAGAAGCAAAAGACGUAAGGGGGUGAACUGUGAGGGACAGAGGAGGAGACUGGAGAGACCACUGUUCACAGAUCUGUUGAGAGAAGGUGAGGUAGGAUUAAAUGAAAGUGAGGAUUAAAGGUAAAGUACUGUCUAGACUUGAUUUAUGAGCAAAUCAGUGCAUUAACUGAAUGUGUAGUGAGUGUAUGUUCCACUAAUUUAUAAUACACAGUAGAUAGAUUCCUCAUUACUGGCUGAUCGCAAGCCUAAGGAAACAGCAGGGGUUCCCUUCAACAGACACAUCUCAUCACACACAGUUGGACAAUCUAACUGUAUUGCCUGAUAGGUGUAUGCUUUUUGUGGAGCUCAGCACUUCAAUUCUGAGGCCUCAAGCUUCUUCCUGUUUGCCAUGAAUGUGACCUGUGAAUCUGUCUGGGUCAAAGCGUGGGCGCUGCUGCGCUGAAGUCUGCCGCCCUCAUGAGCCACGCGGGCACACUUCAGAGACGUACCACCUACCUCAUCUCCCUCACCUUGGUCAAGGUUGAGGCUGUGCCAGGAGAUGAGAAGACCCCUAUACCCAGGAGGCAAGCAGGGGAUCCUGAGGAAGAGGUGGAGGAGGAGGUUAGCAGGACCACUGAGGAUGAAGGAGAAUGUGUAUGUGCUGAGUUUGAAGGAGAUGAUAAUACAGAGAUUGAAGAGGAGGAGCAGGAGGAAGUCAGCUAUUGUGGUCCUGUCCAAGAAAGGGGAAAACGUGAGCUAAGAGACAGUCAUGGCUUUGGACCCUCAAAAGAUAACAUGUUGGUCGGGAAAAUCAAGGACCCUCCCUUAUUACCUGUUAAAGAGUCGGUGAAAGCCUAUGGAGGGCUUUACUCUGAAGGGGGUCUGAGGAAGGAUGGAUCCCGCCCCAAGACAGAACUUUACAGGGAUCCGCCCAUUCUCUUCCUGAGGGGUGAAGAGGGAGGCGAGCCCAAUGGGGGUCGCUCCCACCUGAGCAUGCCCAUUUCUGAUCAACCUCACGUCAGCCAGAGGUCUGAGGUCCUGAUGAGGUCACACGCAGGGGCCGGGGCCAUGAGCCGACGAGAACUUAGAGAAGCCAAUCAGAGUGUACCUCCUUCUGCCAAGAGCCUUGACCGCAAGGACAACCGCGUUGGGGAUCGCUCUCCUAUGACAUCUGCAACGGCUGCCCUGGGGCCUUACAGAGCAUCCUGGGCAGACAGCGAUGGCAGGGCCACCCUCAUACGUACGGGGGCACCCAUAGUGGGAGGGUUGACUGGUGUGGUGACAAGGGACAGCCCGCGGGGGGACAAGAUGAAGACCGGGUCCACCUCUCUUCCUGCACCUCCCAACACCAAGCCCCAGAGAAAGGGCAAGAGUCGCACCCUGGACAACAGUGACCUACAUUUGUUGUCUGAGGACCUGAAAAAGGGAAAGGAGGGUGGCACAAGCCAGCGUGCCCCGGCUCGUGACCGCAAAAUGUUGAAGUUCAUCAGUGGCAUCUUCACCAAAAGCACCCCUGUGCCCCCCAGCUCCAACACUGCUCCCCCUCUCUAUACACCAGUACAGAGAGGGUCGAGUGAGGAGGAUGCGGCAUGUGCCAACAGUCAAGAAUGGACCUUCAGUCGAACUGUUCAAGAGCUUCGUUUGGGAGUUUUAGGAGGUCUCCGCAGCGGAAAGUCAGCCUUGGUCCACAGACACAUGACUGGCAGUUAUCUCCCCCUGGAGAAUCCUGAUGGGGGCAGGCACAAGAAAGAGGUGCUGAUUGAUGGACAGAGCCACCUGUUACUGAUCAGGGAAGAGACAGGACCCCUAGAUGAACAGUUUUCCAGCUGGGUGGAUGGGGUGAUCUUAGUGUUCAGUCUGGAGAAUGAGGCCAGUUUCCAAGAAGUAUAUAAGAACUACAGCCAGCUGAGCAUCCAUCGCAACAUAACAGAGAUUCCCUUCAUAGUGGUGGGCACCCAGGAUAAGAUCAGCAGCACCAACCCGCGGGUGAUCGAGGAUGCCAGGGCACGGCAGCUGUGUUCAGAUGUGAGGCGUUGUACCUACUACGAGACCUGCGCUACCUACGGCCUCAACGUGAACCGAGUGUUUACUGAGGCUGCUCAGAAAAUAAUGGCCGUUAAGAAGCAAGCUGCUCUCCUGGCUUCUUGUAAAUCCCUUCCUAACUCACCUAGUCACUCUGGAGGCUCCACCCCUGUGUCAGGAGUCUUCCCAGGGCAGGCCAGUAACGGUGGUCACAGCAGUGACUACUCGUCUUCUCUGCCCUCCACUCCUGUGAUCAGUCAUAAAGAGAUUGGGGGGGCAACAGGAGGGGAGCGGCUGGGCAGUGCCACUCCAGGGUCCGUACGCAGUGCCCCUCGCAGACGCACCUCACGUUUCGUGGGCCGUAGGGGCAGUGACUCAGAGAAGAGGAGCUCAGACCCUAAGGGAGACCUAGGCAGUGGGCGCUCCAUCCCCAUCAAACAGAGCAUAUUGCUGAAACGUAGUGGGAACUCUCUCAACAAGGAGUGGAAGAAGAAAUACGUCACACUGUCUAACAAUGGCAUGCUGUCCUAUCACUCCAGUGUUAAUGAUUACAUGCAGAAUACCCCUGGGAAGGAGAUGGACCUGCUAAGGGUAACAGUGAAGGUGCCAGGGAAGCGCCCUCCCCGAGCCGUUCCAGCGUGUGGCCCUCCGCCAGGCCUCAAUGGCCUGGUCAAAGAUGUCCAGAGUCCCGAGGGAGCCAGCUCAGUCCCUGUGAAUGUCAGCAGUCUGUUGCCAGUGGAGGAAGGGGCAGGGAUUCGGGGGGGGCUGUCCCCUGGGGGAAACAAAGGGGUGGAAAGAUGCCCCACCACACUCUCCAACAAGGCCCAAAGUGUUGACUCUUCCAUUGAAGGUCUGUCUAGACCCAUAUCUUCUAAAGAAACAGGCCUCCCUGCCUCCCCAAUGAUUGACAGGAAAAAGCACAGAAGGAAGAAGAGCAUGAACCAAAAGGGGGAUGCACAGAUUGGUCAAGCAGAAGCAAAGCGCAAAAUGUGGAAACUGAAAAGCUUUGGUAGCUUAAGAAACAUUAACAAGACAGAUGAGGAUAACUUUGACUUCCUGAUUGUUUCGAGCACGGGCCAGACAUGGCACUUUGAGGCCCACAGUGUGGAGGAGAGAGAUUCCUGGGUACAGGCCAUUGAAAGCCAGAUCUUGGCCAGCCUGCAGUUGUGUGAGAGCAGCAAAAACAAGGCUCGUAAGAACAGCCAGAGUGAGGCGGUAGCUCUGCAGGCUAUUCGUAAUGCAAAGGGCAACAACCUGUGUGGGGACUGUGAAGCACCCAACCCGACCUGGGCCAGUCUGAACCUGGGUGCACUGAUCUGCAUCGAGUGCUCAGGGAUCCACAGGAACCUUGGCACCCACCUGUCCCGUGUUCGCUCCCUUGAUCUGGAUGACCUGCCACGCGAGCUUACAUUAGUACUUAGUGCCAUUGGCAACCACCUGGCCAACAGUAUCUGGGAGGGGCGCACCCUGGGUCGCCACAAACCCACCCCUGAUGCCACCCGCGAAGAACGAGAGUCGUGGAUCAGGGCCAAGUAUGAGCAGAGGCUGUUUGUGGCGCCUCUUCUAACACCCAGUCCCAACGAUCGCCCAGAAGUCUCCCUCCAUGCCCGUCUGCUGUCAGCAGUGAUGGAGCGUGACCUCCCCCGGCUGCUGCUCCUCCUGGCCCACAGCACAAAGGAGGACAUGAAUGCCCCCCCUGGAGCACAGGCCCACAGCCCCAGCUCUCCACUUGCCCCUCUGCCUUCGUGCUCUGCCUUGCAAGCUGCAUGCCAGCUGGCUGAUGUGGUCAUGACGCAGCUUCUGAUCUGGUAUGGCAGUGAUGUGAGGUGUCGUGAUGCCCAGGGCCAAUCGGCUCUUGCGUUGGCACGUCAAGCUGGCAGUCAGGAAUGUGUCGACAUUCUCCUGCAGUAUGGCUGCCCCAAUGAACCCUCCCCCACUAUUGCCACCACGCCCAGCUUCUCUGUUGCCACCAUGCCAUGCCUCACUGUUACUACUACACCCAGUCUCUCUCGCAAUAGCAGUGCCGCCAGCCUGAGCCGCAGUAGCUCUAGAAGAGCAGUGUCAUAACCUAAAUGUUAGUAUGUGUGUGUGUGUGUGUGUGUGUUGCACAUUCGUAUUCAUAUGAUGUAUCCAUAACAAAGUCUUUAGUCUCUAGCAGGUUUCACUAAGCAACUAUGUCCUCCUAGUGUCCUCUGAAAGGUACCUGUGACUUCCCUACUGGACACAGUCACAGAUCAGCAGGCCUGAAUGAACAAGCAGCCAGUUCUGUCACCCCAAGCCUGGGGGCUAAGCUGUGAGUGGCGCCUUCUCAGUAGGCUUAUGUGUGUGUGUAUAUGUGGGAUGUAGCUACUCAGUGGGUUAUUAUUUACUCACUACUGCAACUCUGACAGCCUGCCAAAACCGACUCAAUGGCUAGAACUCUGUGGGGCAUUUCAACAGCCAAAACAGAAUUUGGGUUAUUUAAAAAUGGGUUCGGUUAACCCCUGAACCCCAUCACAAAAAGAUGGACUGAUGGACAAAAUACAGACCAAAAUGAUAGUUUUCCUCUAUGCUUAAGUAAAUAACUGCAAUAAUCAGAUUUAAGACAGUGGAUGUUUUUAUCAUUCUCACUUUGUCUCUGUGUGCUUGGGAUGUCUUUAUAAUAAGUCAUGCAAGAUAACUUCUUAACUCUAUUAUUGAAAAAGCUAACCACCAGUUUAAAGUUUAAAGAUUUGUUUCUCACUGAGAAAAUAAUCUUCCAUAAGCUUCCACCUAGCUGAUAAAUUCCCAUGCAUAUCCCCUCUACAAGAACGAAGGUUUGAUCUUGCUCAUUUUCCUGGAUGACAUUGAACUGAUAAAAACAAAAGUAGUCGAGUGGAUAAAAGGUCAACAUAACUAGGCAUUUAGCUUGUGCUGAAAUGUCCACUGUAUAAAACCAAUCACUGUUCUACUGACCCAUGAACAAUGCUACUGAGCUGAGGUUCAGGUGAAUAUAAUAAUGUCCAAUUUGUAUUUUAAGAAGAGUACAAAUAAUUGUAUAGAAAUACAUAUAUAAAAUUACUAUUAUUACAAAAAUUGUCAUAGUUAUAAAUAUUGAGAAGUGCUUCUUGUCUAAGAUUGUUAUUGUAUGUUCUAAUGUUUCUACGGUAGGUUCUUGUUUCUAAUACUAAAAAGGUUUACUCUUAUCUGUUCAAAGGUUUAUGGAUGUGACAGGUUAUGUCAUUUUGUUUUGCAAUUAGUCAGUUAUUUUCUACAUUACUUUGACAAAGACUGAGAUUUGUUCUGUCUAUUUGCGUGUGUGUUUUGGAAACAAAUGUAAAUAUAAUUAUGCUGUAGUCAAAUCUGGAACGAGUUUAAACCUACUCUACACUCUUGUGUUGCAUUCCACCCUGACAAAACGUCUGUUAAUUUCCCUCUGUGGUGGUAUUAGACAGAUUAUUCGAAAUCAUUCACAAACUUGCAGGACAGGGAAUAAUGAGUAAUAAUAAAUUAAUGAAUAUACUUAUAAUAGAUAAGUAGCAACAUUUUACUUACAAUUUUGUCUUCAACUGUCCACAAAUAAUUGGCAACAAAUGCAGUUUACUCCAUUAAUGAAAUAUUAAAGAUGGUGUAGGCAAUGUUGUUGAGAAGCACUUUUUGUCAUAUUUGCCCAAAUAAACUUCACAUCUUGAUAGCAACCAAUACAUCUAAAGGUUUGACGGUAAUAUGAAAUAAAUCUGACAUAUAUGGGUGUCGCAGGACUGUAAUAAACACAACAAAUCAUUAAGACCAUUCCAAGACUAAUUAUUGGAUGGGCUACCUGUCGGUUUACCUACCUACCUGCGCGCACUCUGCUCCUGCACUCAAUGUAUGUUACUGUAGUUUUCAACCAGGCUAGGCCAAGGUAUUUUAAAACAACCAAGCUGGUGGCACAAGAAUGGCGGAGAAAGAGCAGGCAAUAAAUCCAGUUCCAGAUUUUACAGUUAAGAGACAAGGAGAAAACAGACAAUAGUUAAAAGGGCUACUAGCAAAAAGAGAUUGGAUUUAGCAAGAAGUAAAACCAGUAAAUAUCAGUGUUGCUUUUCCACGCUGGCGAGAACUGAGGGAUUUAAAACUCUAUUAUAGAAUUUCCCAAUACUAACAUGCUAUCUUGAAAGUAGUGAGUACUAAUGUUAGACAUGUUCAUAGUGUUGUGUGUGUUCUUACAUGUGAAUGCAACAUGGGGUAAUUCCCCCCCAAAAAAGAUGCUGCUCUCAAAAGCGCUCUUUCUCUUGUGUACUAACUAGACUAGUCCCCCGGCAGUUCUGUAGUCAGGCAGCGCGUUCAUAUGUUUGUGGGAGUAGCUUUGAAGGGAGGGUGUGGGAUAUAAUGGUUUGAAUCGUUUGGAAUUGAAGCUAAAAUAGCUAGCUUUGCAAAACUUGCCUACACCAGCUUUAAUGUUCAAGCGAUUCUCAUUGAGGGUGGCCCUCUGCCACUAGAUGGCGGCACCUCCUCUUUCCUACCCUAUAUUGCGAUGUGCUUCAAGGGACAGUUCGCCCCAAAAUUUAAAAAAUGUCCUCUUACCUGUAUUAAUGCAUCUAGAUUGUUUUGUUGUGAAUUGCCAAGUUUUGGAGGCAACUGCCAUAGAGAUGUCUACCUCUCGAAUAUAAUGGAACCAGAUUGGGCAAUUUUUGUGCUGAAAGUGCCAAGUGUGGUGAAGACCAGGAUAGUUCCAUUACACUUGAAAGAAAAAACACAUCUCUACCACCGUACCCUCCAAAACUCUGCAACUCAACUUUCCUCUUACUCAGCACUUCAAGUAAGAGGAAAGAUAUGCAUUUGCGAUUUUGGGGUGAACUAUCCCUGUAAACUCAAGAGAAUGUAUCUGCGAGAGCGGUAGCUCUCUGACCUAUCUUAACAGUGUUAGUUUCAGAAAUGCAGUUUAAGUAUGAAUAAAAAAAUGCCUUGAUUAUUAGUGAAUGUAUAGCUAAGGUUGCAUUCUGAAUUCCUUGUUUUAGAUCCAAAAUGUGCUUUUUCUGUUGUUUAAACUCAUUAUUCAGGGUCACCCCGGUGUUUCACCGGGUAGAGCGUGUAUCACUUGGGCAAAGGCCUUAACGCAGGGGCCCAGGUUCCAAUACGGUCUGGGCCAGUUCCUGCAUGUCUUCCCCCUGUGUCUCUCUGCCUUUCCUCUCAAUGUCUCUGUCAAAUACAUACAAAUUAACAAAAAAACUAAACAAAAAAACAUGACCUUUCUUACGUUUACUGAAAAAAAGUGUUCUAUUUGAAUGUUUUGGUGCACUGCCACACCUCCAAACGUAAAGGGGUUUCAGCCAAAACGAAUAUCAUUCCUACAGUACAAGUGAAUCAUACAGAAGGUGUGGAGAACUUUGCUAUGACCACUGAAUACGAAAUAACGAUGGCCUUGAGAAUGUUUGCAGGUGACCAUAUCAAAAGAAUGAUGACUAAGUGGUAUGUUGCUUGAAUAUUGAUCAUAAAAUAUAAAUCUUCUCUAAUAUGAUCUUUUUCAAGUUUUUUUUUAACUUGAAAAUAAAUAUACUGUAUUGAUAACUUCAUGUGAAAAACUGUAAGCUUCUUUUUUGCUUUGCAUAGUUUUUUUUACUCAUGUAAAUAGAGCAUUAGGUAUAAAUGCAAUUACUGUCUAACCUGUGAUGCUUUAUUUAUAGACUGGGUGAUUAUUUCAUAUACAUGUGAAACUUUUACUCAAACUCAAAGAGAAAGGAAAAACAUCAUACUACAAAGCAACAGAAUAAACAUUUCAUAACAAUAUUUUGUUUUGUGUGGUUGUGC